AUGUUGCUUGAGACAGUAAGCAAAUUGUUGUUUGUUAAAUGUGAUACAGGUGAUCCUGCAGUUGACCCAUUAGUUGACCCUUUGGGUGACCCGCAGUUGACCCUUUGGGUGACCUACGGUUGA